GAGGGAAAACGAAGGAAUAUUUAUAUCAGUUUGUUUUUGCGUUCCACGUAACACAACCAUUUGUAUUGUUUUUGUCUCUCAUUUUCACUUCACCCCAGUAGUGAGAUAAUGGGCGAACCAAGUUCAAAAGACACCAUCAUGAAAAUGCUCCUUUCAACACCCAAUCCAUCACAAGCCGAUAUACAAGCUGCGCUAACUGUCAAAAUGGACAAACAGAGCCUAAUGGCCAUCAGGGAGUCCGUUAUAGGGACAUCAAAAUUGAGCAAUUAUCUGCAACAAUUGAAUGGACAGGGAGAAAAAAUAAAUCCUAUCCAGCUAGACCAUUGUUAUUCCAAACCAUGGAACUGGAGGCCUGAUAAUAGCUAUGUUAAACCAGCCAAAACACUUUUUGUAACAAACCCUCUCAUCAGUACUAAAAGGGAACUUGAAGAGGAUAUUGAUGUUGAUAUUGAAAACGAGGCUCCUAAGCCUGCUUAUGAUGAGACAAGGGGUUAUCAGUUGAUGAACGAAACGGAAAAGCACAUUAAAGCUCUUAGGUCAGACCCUGGAGAAGAAAACUGGGAUAGUUUAAUCGACAGGACGGACUGGACACUUGCGCAGAACAGGCUCUUCGACAGGACAGCCAGAAUUCUUCAUAAUGACCGUCUUGCCCGUCUGACGUACGAAGGCUCAUGGAACGAGCCUGUGCUAAGAAGAAUUGCAGUUAACAAGAGCGCGAGGCGUCUGCGUACAUUAUUUUCCACAUUUGCAUGGCAGACCAAAUUACUCCAGUGGCUCCAUUCCACAUUGCUUGAAAUUUUAGAAACCCCUUAUCUAAUUGCCUAUGUUGAUAUUCUUCAGACUCUUAAGAAGAAAGUUCCAAUUUUGACUGAGAGGAUUUUAGCCAAUCCUAUACAAGGUGGAAAAUCUAAUCCAGAGGCUUUGAAAAUCCUAUUGAAAAAAUCUUGGGAUCCCACUUCUUCUGCACUAGCUUGUCAUUUGCCGAAGCGGCUUCCAGGAAACCCGCUGAUUGUUGUCGUACCGAGCGGUGCCGGUACGAACAACCUCAACAACCCAAAAAUCCAACGGUGGCAUUCUCACUUCUCCACGAUCGGGACUGUUGUCGUAGUCUCAACCAACAAUCUGAAUACGACGAAAUCAACUGUUGUAACAAGUUUGGAUCAUAUGAUAGCCUCGACUCGGGCCAGGAUAUCCGAACUGAAAAGCGAACACCCUGGUAAAAAUAUCAUACUAGUCGGUUUUAAUUCUGGAGCAGCUUUGGCGUGUCAGGUUGCAUUACUUGAGCCAGUAUUAGCCGUGAUCUGUCUGGGUUUCCCAGUAAAUACAGUUGAUGAAAAAAGAGGCCAACCCGAUGAUACUUUGUUGAACCUCAAUGUUCCUAUUUUGUUUGUUAUUGGCCAGCAUGCUGCGACCGCUCAAGUCGAGGAUGUUGAAGAUAUGAGGGAGCGAUUGAGGGUUGAAAACGGCCUAGUCAUUGUUGGAGCAGCUGAUGAUCAGCUUAGGAUAAACAAGAGCAAACAGAGCGCAGAAGGCAUCACUCAGACCAUGCUCGAUCGCUGUGUCGUCGAUGAAAUAGCCGAUUUUGUUGGAACACUACUCCUUGAGCCGUUUAACAUAUCAAGACAAGAAAACACAAGAUCGAGGAUUAAAGUAGUGGAGAAAAAAAGAAAAAUAACAAUCAAUGAUGAUUUAUUUAUGAGGAAAAGUGUACAGUCUGGAACAAAUAUUCAACAAGGUGCUUAUAAUUCAUCUCUCAAUCCAUAUAUCAAAAGGGGGAAAACAAUUACUGCGAGAGGAGUCGGACGGACAAAAUGGACUGGACAGGGCACAAAUGAAGGCUUGUCUCUUCAGAAAAAAACUGUAUUAAAUAAAGAUUCAAUUCUAACUAACUCUAAACAGGCGGCAGAUAAAAUCGGAUCAACAGUUAGAAUAAAAUGCCUGACCCCAGAUACCAGAGUCAAUCAACAGUUUAAAAUAUUACCGCAGUUCAAAUUUAUCGGGAAAGAUGAGAUUUCUAGUGUCACUACGCCAGACAACAGCUUUGUUGAUCAGCUUACACCUGAUCGGCUGCUUGAAAUGCCCGUAAUAAUUCAGGAUGACUCACUUGGUGACCAAUUGAAGGUUGUUAUCCCUGAGGACGGAAUGCCAUCAGGCCAAUCGGAAGUUCAGUGUGCGACAAUAUUCUUAAAAAACAAAGAUGCUCUCAGGACAAGGGAUGUUACUGAUGAAGGAGUGUUAAUCAUGAGGGACACCCAAUCGAGAAAUUCGUCUAUAACCAAACAUAUAUUCAAAUGAUGUAAUGUAAAUAGUAUUUCUUUGUAUGAUAAUAAACUUUUUUUUACUUUCUAUUUCUUUAAUAUUGUCUUUUCAAUAUGUAAGUAAAUAAUUUUGUAAAGUUACCAUUAAAAUAACAUUCUA